AUGGCUACCACUAGCUACACUUACCUUCUAGUCCUUGCAGUGUUUUGUGUUAUGAACAACGAAAUGUGUUAUGCUUCGCGUAAUUUGUUGCAAGCAACUCCAACAUUACCACAACCACAAAUACCAAAUUUACCAACAAUGCCGCAACCACAGAUGCCCACACUACCAACAUUGCCACAACCACAGAUGCCCACCAUCCCAUCAUUGCCACAACCACAAAUGCCCACCAUCCCGACUCUCCCUAACAUGCCCACGCUUUCUAUACCUCCAUUGCCUUCUAUGCCGACAAUGCCUACCAUCCCAAACAUUCCAACAACUCUUCCUAAUAUCCCUUUCUUUGCUCCACCACCUUCCAACAAGUAG